GGUAGGAGAGAGGUUUAAUUUCAAUAACUGGCCUCUUAUACAGAGACAGCAUUUGACCUUUGAAAGGAUCCCUGGUACAACCUACCCACCCACCCAACCUCUUCUUCUGCCUGAUAAAAACUCCAUUUGACUAUCCGGAGAUUCUCCCAUCUAGUAGCAUCAUCUACUACAGACCUGCAGAUCUGGGCUGCGAGAGUCCGACCCUCAUUUGAUGGAAACCCAAAGGUAAUGCAAUUCGGGAGGCAACAAGUACCCAGAAGCAACAUCACCUAAUGCAUCAGUCUGCCUUAGGCUAUUCCUGAUUCUAGAGAUUUUGCUGUGGAGGUUCAGUAUUAUGCAUGUGGAUUUAAUUUAGCAAUCAAGCUACAUCUAUGUGAUGGCCUUUCCAGAACCCAAAUCCAAGAAACCUGAGCUUCCCAAAAAAUUGCUUGGUAUAUUAGAAUGUAAACAAGGAGCUAUAAGAGCAGUGAGAUUCAAUGUGGAUGGAAAUUACUGUCUCACCUGUGGCAGUGACAAAUCACUCAAGCUUUGGAACCCACACAAAGGGACUCUCCUCAAGACAUAUUGUGGCCAUGGCUAUGAAGUCCUAGAUGCUGCAGGAUCAUUUGAUAACAGCCAACUUUGUUCAUGUGGAGCAGACAAAACAGUUGUGCUGUGGGAUGUUGCCACAGGCCAAGUGAUUCGCAAGUUCCGUGGCCAUGCAGGGAAGGUGAAUUGUGUCCAGUUCAAUGAGGAGGCCACUGUAAUUCUUUCAGGUUCCAUUGACUCCAGUGUCCGUUGCUGGGAUUGUCGUUCUCGCAGACCAGAUCCAAUCCAAAUCUUGGAUGAAGCCAAAGAUGGCAUCUCCAGUCUGAAAGUCUCAGACUAUGAAAUUCUUACAGGUUCUGUGGAUGGACGUGUCCGACGUUAUGACCUCCGUGCUGGAGAACUCUGCGCAGACUACAUUGGAAGUCCCAUUACCUGUGUAUGUUUCAGCAAGGAUGGGCAAUGUACACUGGCUGCUAGCUUGGAUUCUACACUGCGAUUGCUGGACAAGGAUACAGGCGAGCUACUAGGAGACUACACAGGCCACAAGAAUGUAACUUACAAGAUGGACUGCUGCCUGAGUGAAAGAGACACACAUAUUGGGAGCUGCUCAGAAGAUGGAAAAGUCUAUUUCUGGGAUCUGGUUGAGGGCUCCCUUGUUCUGGCCUUGCCAGUGUGCAAUACUGCUGUCCAGUCACUGUCCUUCCACCCAGUUGAAACCUGCCUACUCACUGCUGCAGGGGGUCUUGUUCAGUGUUGGAGGGAAGAAUCUUACACAGCUGAGGAAGGUGUGCCUGCAUGACUAACAUUGCCUUUGUGACUGCGUUGAGCAAGACUGAAGAUACAGGAUGAUGGAUCUCUCUAGUGCAUUUCUCUUACAGUUCUAUGAGUACAGUUGUAUGUACUUUGCUUUCAGGAGGAAGGAUGGAGCAUAAUUUGAACUCUGCUUCUUCUGUAGAGCCAGCCUGACUGAAAGCUGCCCUUGACCUUUCAGGGCUCAAAAGUUUCCUUGCUUUAAGUGACAGUAUUUUUAAAUUCAGCCUAUGUAUUACAGACAGUCAAGUAAAAAGUUCAUUUUUAAAAAUUGGGUGUUUCUGGAUUAGAAAGAAAUAGAGUUUAAAUGGUACGUGGACAUUGUUUUAUUGUAAGUUUUUGCGGCUCAGAUGCUUAAACUUCAUAAACACUAGCCCUGAUCUUCACUUGGACAAAUACAUUAAUUGAAAUUGUCACUGCAAAAAAAUAAAGUAAUCUUGAGAAGAAAAUAUAAGUUUUUUACUCUUAGCUGUUCACCUGUUUAAAAUAACAGGAAAAAUAUUUUGAUUGCUGAUGUUCAGAAGUGCUCAGACCUUGUUGGUCACAUCUGCUUGGUUAGUGAACUACUACAUGCAUGUCUUUAAUUUUACAUCUGAAUAGAAAAAAUGCCGCAAUGUUACAGAUUGUUAAUGACAGUUAUUGAAGAAAAUGUUUUUAGAUUUAGAUUUAGAUUUAGAUUUUAUUGAACUUCUAUACCGCCCUUCUCCCAAAGGACUCAGGGCGGUGUACAGCCAUAUUAAAACACAUAUAAACCACAAAAUUUAAGAACAAUUUAAAAACAAAUAUAUAAAAUUUGGCCCACAAAAUUAAAAACUAACAAACACCCAAUUUAAAAAUUCCUAUUAGGCCUGCCCGGCUUGUUGGAAUAAAAGUCUUCAGGGCACGGCGAAAGGUACGCAGGUCAGGGAUCAUACGAACCUCUAGGGGCAGCUCAUUCCAGAGGGCUCAUUCCAGAGGGCUAGUGCCCCCACAGAGAAGGCUCUCCCCCUUUUAAAAGGCUGUUGUCCAGGAAAAUUUAAAUGUUAACUUGAACUUUUCUAGGGAGCUCAUCCUCCUUCGAUAUAAAUAUAGUAUUUUUUAAAUUGGAUGCUUAUGAGUUCAAAAUUAAAAAGGUUACGUAUAUACUCUGCGUCAGUGUGGAAUUCAGGCUGAACCCCGGAAAUGGAAGAGAAUAGUAUGAACAGAUCAAGUUACUAUUUUCUCGGGAGUGUAUUUACUACCCUUGAAUUCAAACAACUGAAGCCAGAAUUGUAUAGGUGCUAAAUAAAUUAAAAUUCUCCUCCCAGAAUUACUACAUUUUAAGACUUGCACCAGUUAUGUAUAAAUAAGUGGAAACAUAUUUUUUUUUAUUGUGGGAAUGUAUCACAUAGCAUCUAGAAGUAUCUCCUAUGUUUUAGAAGUCCACUCAGUUGCUUAAUUCUAUUGUUACAUAUUCAAUGAGAAGACAGAUCUCUUUCCCUAAGUAUUUUAAGUCAUUAAAAUAGAUUGAAUCGGUUUUUUCUUUUGUUGUUCAGAUCCAAGAUGCUUUUCUAUAGAAAUAAAAAUGAAAUUAUAAGAAAUAGAUGUGUUCUUAUUGAAGUGUUCAAAUCUCAUAUUCAUGCCACUCACUGUUGCUCGAAAAGUAAUUAGAAAAAACUGAUUUUAAAGAAACCAGCCCAGCAACUUAAGAUCAAUAAAAUAUUUCUGUUUCAGUUAUUGUGGUUGCUGUAAUAAAAAAGACUUCAAGAAUCAAA